CGGAGCAGUUGCUGCCGCCCUUGAAGGCUGCGCUUCCAGCCCGGCGCCCGCGCUCUGGCUGUAGCGAAGCCUUUGCAAGGUGUCCAAUCAAAAGCUCAUUGAGUCAAACCACAACGCUUGUUAGGAGCUACAUCUGCUCAGGUGGGAGAGGAUCAGCAAAUGAGCAGUGGGGAAGAUUUCAACAUGCUAGAAAAUAGUGCCAUGACCUCUGCUGGCAGAGGAAAGUUCUCAACCGAUUUUAAGGCUCCGAGUAAAGAAAACUUAGCUGCAAAGCACUCUCUGAAAAGAGGUUUCUCACUAAGUCGUGCUGAUCAAGGAGAAAAAGUAAUUGCUUCUGAAAUCUCUGGUGCUCUUAAAGUUACUGAAGAACCUCAGGCACAGAUUUUAAAACCUGAUCUAGAGAUACCACAUCAAGCCAAAUUCACAUCAAUACCACUAUCUUUUUUCCCAUCCAAACUACAGCAACUAUUGUUAGCUGCAGAGAGAAAGGUCUCUGAAGCGAGGGAGGCUAUAGAAACACAAUCUGUAAUUUACAUAUGGCCAGUAAUAAAGAUGCAAGAGAGUUCCAGAUCCUUCUGGCACAAUUUUUCAAAGUCUUUAAUGCCAAGCGGCCCAGACUUAACAAGACACUGUUCUAGUCCUGAUGUAAUUGAAGAUGAGAAAAGUUCCCAAAUAACUUCAGUGAAAAAGCUUGCACAAGAGGAGCCUGAUGGAAAGACAGCAAGAUUCUAUCCUCUUAUUGUAAAGUCUUCUAACAGUUCUGUUUCAGAAAUUUUGAAGUCACUCACCAAUAUAAAAAAUAAGGAUUAUAAGAAUAUGUUAACACUUUCGUCUAUUAGUCCUAUUGGAGAGCAACAGGAAAUUCCUCUCUUUAAGGGAAAUGCUCUAAUGAUCUAUAAUGGUCAAGUCUACCUUCUAUAUGUAAUGAGGCAUGAAGAUCUGGCAGCAGAAAUGAAAAUAUCUGCCCAGCACAUGUUUAUGAAGACCAUCGUUUGGCUCAUCACGUGUCGUUCUGUCCGUAAACUAACAUUCCAAGUUUCACAUCCACUACUGUUGAGAGAGGAUGCUGUGAAACAGAACAUAAAAUGUCUUACAACCUGUGCUACUCCCACACUCCUAAAGAAAACAUCAAAUGAAACGUGUUUCUCUUCACACAUGAUGACUACAACCUCUCAGCCCGAGAACUACUCUCCUCUUGCUGGGAAAAGGCAGCAGGUGAUAAACCAUUUUGAUCAGUUCCUCUGCCAGACUGCAUUCCCAUCCAAAGAAGACUUGCAAGAAAGACAUGAUGAAGAAGCACUUCGGGAUAAAGACAAGGAAAUAAGAAAGAAAUUUGGUCUUGUUAAAGGUGUAAGAGUUGUUCUCAACAGGCUAAGUGCCUCUGAGCUUAGGAAAUGGACUGCUAAACCUUCUGCACGUAAAAAGAAAUGUAACCAUUAGGACAGAGAACAGAGGGAAGUGGUACACAUACUUACCUCUCUGUACACAAAUAUGGAGUAUACUUCACCUUGAAGUAUUUAUUAUACAACAUUAGUAUAAUUUUCAAAAUUUUUGAGCAUUUAACCCCAUAACAUAAGACGUUUUUUGUUGGAGAACCUCACCACAGCUACUUCUAAAAUGUCAGGAUCUGGUGCUUUCCCCCUGUCCCCCAUCACUUUCUCCAAAAACUGCAGAUAAAAUGCCAGCUACUGCUGAAGGAUUUUCUGACACUGCCUUCUCUUUGGCACGCAUACAACUGCUACUGAAAGUAGAAAAGGUGCCUGCUGACCUUAUACUUGUAGCAAUGGUUUGCAGUCUGUCUGUGCCAACAUGUCUCAUAGGCAGAAAUGGGAAACUCUUCAUACCCAUACUGGGCUCUUUCUGGUUUGAGCAUUGCUAUUCAUUUCAAGUGAAGGUGCUGGAAGCACAAACCACAUGUUUAUAAUCACUGACCUGCUUUUGAGAAAGUCUUGCCCCACGGCUUUGCUUAGAGUAUUAUUUGGCAGUUUUGCCUGUUAUCAUCAGAGCCUCUGGGAAUAGGUGUUUGCUUUCUCUAAUCCCUGACAUUUUUAAACUUUCAGUUCAGAUUCACCUCCUGUGUCCAUUUUGUAUUUUUCUACAACAAAGCUCUUAAGAUUUUUUCAGCAGAUUUUUUCCAGAAUGCUGUAUCAUUUCAAUAUACCUCUGUUCAAGUUGUUACUCUGCAGACAAAUUAGUAAUCAAUAAUAAAUCAGCAUUUCUCCUCAAUCUGUUUACUAUCUUAUAUUCAGCACUAAGCUUCUAUUUUUGUCAACUGGAUUUUAAGCCAUCAUUAUCCAGCCUUCCCAAGAUCUUUGAGAAUGGUCUGGUUUUGUUGUCUCUGAAUGGAAACAUAAUUAGUGUAACCUCAGCAUUCAUGAAAAUGGACUGUAUCUUCUUGUGAAAUAUUUUGAGGUCAGGUAGAGGAAAACUCUCCAUAGAAUAUAUUAAAAAACACAGGUACAACUCCUGGAUUUGGGAUUUUUUUUUCUUUUGUGCUAGUACUCAUAUGAAAGUAAGAAAAUUGGUAUUGACUGUAAUUUCUCCCAAAAUUUCCUUCCCACUAAAUAUGCCAAGGCAGACCCUUAGGAUAAUCAAUUUUUUAUGGUGUUUCUGCAUCUAUACAUGUUAUAAUUUCUUAACAUGUGUUCCAGAAAUCCAGAAAUAAGGUCAAAUACCCAGCAAAAUAUUUAUUGUUUGGCUGUUUUAUAUAAAUGCUUCCACCUGCUGGACUGCUAUUGAGAAGUUUCAGUUACACCAGUGUUAUUAGUAGUUCUCAUUAACCUCAACUGUCAUUGUGACUGCUUUUCAAUAUUUCCUGCUGCCUUGUCUUUUCAUUCGCAGAAUGCAUUAAUUUUGUUACAUCCUGUCAUUUCACACAGGCUGUGUUCUUUG